UAUGGCUGUCAUCUGUGGGCGAACUGACGGGACCACUUAGAGAUGGUCGCACUACCGGCACAGAUAAAAUCGGAGCUCUUUGCAUGAAACAAGGUUGAGAGAAAGGCAUAGCCUUAUCUAGGGACCGGCAAAACUUGGUUGAGGAUCACAUCAUCGACCCUGAUAACCAGCGCAUCAUCCUCUGACAGAGCAUGCUGGAACAGAGCUGUUGUCAUGGAGCUAAAGGAUAAGAAACAGGAGGAGCAGGUGACGCCUCUUGGGCUGUCGACCACUCAGGCAUUGUGGACCUUACACAACCAGCUGUCCAGCCUGCUGGAGCAGCACCAGGGCACCAGCAAAAGGCGACAGACACUACAGGACCUGUGGGCCCACAGCUUCCUCCAUCAUAACAACCGGCACUCCUGUCUUCACUGGCCGGGAGCUGUGCUGACACUGGUGGUGGUGCUCGGACUGCUGUGUUGUCAUGGCAGUCAGCCAUAUGGCAGCGGUGGGAUCGAGCUGGUCAAUGCUGGAGCGCUCUUCCUGCUGCUGGUUCUCAACCUGCUGCUCAUUAGCCGCCAGCAGCGCCUGAGGAAGAGCGAAAUGGUGCGGAGGCUCAAGGCUGUCGUUACACAGCUCAACGAUCACCUGGAGGCCUGUGGGGGGGAGCCUUUCCGGUGGGGCGCUCCGCUGUACCCAGACCUCUACACACCCUCCUCCCCAUCCUGGUCUCUACACUGGACCUAUCGAGACCAACAGCUGGUCAAUCUGCCGGUCAGCCUGCUGGUGGAGGGCGACAUCAUCGCGCUGAGGCCAGGCCAAGAGACUUUCGCAUCUCUCAGAGGGAUCAAGGAUGAUGAACACAUUGUUCUGGAGCCCGGUGAUCUCUUCCCUCCCUUCUCUCCCCCGCCGUCACCCCGAGGAAUGGAGAAGAGGGGACCCCACAGUCCUCAGCAGCACCGGCUAUUCAGAGUGGUCAGCACGCCGGUGCUAAGUAAUAUAAGGAAUAGUUUAGACCAGGCUCUGUCUCGACCCAUCACAGCCUUAGACAACGAGCGAUUCACCGUUCAGACCAUCAUGGCGAAAUAUGCUUGUCUUGCGGUGCUGGUGGCUUUCUUCACUGUUAACGCUGUGCGUUAUUUCUUCAACGCCCCCAGUCUCACUCCUGCGCCUUUCAAUUUUAUACAGCUGCAGAUGAUGGGAGUUUUGCCUAUUCUUCCCCUGCUCUUUCCUGUCAUGUGGGUCCUGGUAAAUGCUUAUGGUGAAGCUCGUGUGUUGGCUGAAUCCAACCGUAAUGCUCCCACUGGAUUGGAAAUGCUGCGGUCUGUGUGGAGGUACCUAUUGGAUGUCCUGAAGGGGGAGUCCCGCACCCUCUGCUACACCUCCAGUCUGUUGCAUGCUCUUGGAUCAGUCACAGUGUUGUGCUGUGUUGACAAGCAAGGCAUCCUGUCAUGGCCAAAUCCAAGCCCUGAGACUGUGCUGUUCUUCAGUGGACGCGUAGAGAUGCCACAUGACAGCCAGGAUGACCUUCGGGACGACCUUUCAAUCAAUUCUUAUUGUAGAAUGGAGGGAGAGGAAGAUCGAGACGAGCAGGUGCAGGAGGGGGAAGCUCUCCUAAGCCUUCCCAUGGGUUACAGCUCGGCACUGAUCAUGUCGGGAGAACAACAAGAGCCAAGUGAGACGUCCCACGACACCGCUCGCUCCUCUGAUACGCACCGGCCCCGUCGGGCCCCACAGACCACACAGACCUCGCGCACAAAACACCCCUCGGGCUCCAAUGUCAGCUUUAGCCACGACACAGAAGGCGGUGAAGAGGAGCCAUCUCAGCAGCCUUGUGCCGUGGACAACACUGUGGGUUGCUGUGAAGCCGAGGACUUUGUGUGCGACUACCACCUCGAGAUGCUCAGUUUGUCUCAGGACCAGCAGAAUCCGGUUAGCAUCCAGUUUGACGACUCGGGUUGGCAGGGUCAUCUUCCGUCGCUCAAGCCGCUGGGCCUGAACAUCCUGCUGAACCUUUGCAAUGCCAGCGUUACUCAGCAGCUCUGUAGCUUCUCCGAUCACCUGUCCAACUUGGCGCUCCAAGAGAGCCACGGAGCUGUGCUGCCUCUGCACGUGCCCUGGGGCUUGUGCGAACUCUCACGCCUUAUAGGUUUCACUCCAGGAGCAAGAGAACUCUUCAAGCAGGAGAAUCACCUGGCCCUCUAUCAGCUGCCAUCUGGAGAGAAGAGUCAGGAGACGGGCACCCGGCGCUCACAUCACUUCAACAAGCGCCAGCCUCCUAUCAGUCACCUCAUCAGCCUGCUCGUGCGCGACAGCACUACCAGUAAUGUUCAAAUGCUUUCUCAUGGGUCAGCAGACCUCAUAUUAGAAUCCUGCACAGACUUUUGGGAUGGCGCAGAUAUCUACCCCCUUUCUGGCUCAGACAGAAAGAAAGUGCUAGAUUUUUAUCAACGUGCUUGCCUGUCCGGAUACUGUUCAGCAUUUGCAUACAAGCCAAUGCAUGUAACUCUCUCAAAUAAGUUGAAUGGGAAGUGUGUAGAACUGGCUCCAGGUCCAACCCUGUUUUCUGGGUUGGAGUUGCCUGGGACUACACCUAUCAAACAAGGGGGAAGCCGUCGCAAUAGCUGGAGCUCUGAUGAGGGCAUUUGUGAGGGCUUGGAGCGAGAAGACUGUGUGCAGGCAUUGAGUGGACAGAUCUUCAUGGGCAUGGUGUCCUCACAGUUCCAGGCCCGCUUGGACACUGUGAGGCUAAUUGACGCAUUGGUCACAGCGUGCAUCCGUUUUGUCUACUUCUCCAUGGAGGACGAACUGCGUAGCAAGGUGUUUGCUGAGAAGAUGGGUCUGGAGACGGGAUGGAACUGCCAUAUUUCUCUGACGCCCAACGGAGAAGGCCAAUGUGACGGUGCUCCCUCUAGUCCCAGUCAGGCUGGUUCACUGCAUGAUGAUCAUCUGCAAGACUCCCGGGAUGAGGCUGAAGGGCCUUUAUUGCCUGAAGAUGAGGGUCAUUCAGACCUUACCAGCUUUCAGCCAACAGACAGCGAUGUGCCCAGUUUUUUGGAAGAUUGCAACCGGGCCAAACUACCUCGCGGGAUCCACCAAGUGCGACCUCAUCUAAAGAACAUCGACAAUGUGCCUCUGCUCGUUCCACUGUUUACAGACUGCACCCCUGAAACAAUGUGUGAGAUGAUCAAGAUUAUGCAGGAGAACAGGGAAGUCACAUGUUGUCUUGGCAGUUCUGCCAAUUUCCGCAACAGCUGCUUGUUUCUCCAGAGUGACCUCAGCAUCGCUCUGGAUCCACUGUACCCUUCUCGCUGCUCGUGGGAGACGUUCGGCUACGCCACUAGCUGCACUGUGACUGACAACAGCGAGGGACUGAGCCCCCUCAGCCUCUCUGGACAGCUCAACUCACUGGGCUGUUCCGUCACCUUCCACCAGGGGGAGAGUGUCAGCAUGGUGAAGCUCAUCGAACAGGCUAGACACACUACGUAUGGGAUUAGGAAAUGCUUCCUGUUCUUGUUACAGUGCCAACUCACUCUUGUCAUUAUACAGUUCCUGGCCGCCGUAGUUCAGUUGCCUCCUCCCAUGAACGUCACUGACAUCCUGUGGCUGUCCAUUUUCAGCUACCCACUGCUGAGCGUGUCCUUCCUUGGAAAACCACCAGACAGUUCAGUGAUGACUGUUGCAACGGGUAAGAACUUGGACGCCAUUCCAAGAAAGACACAGCAGUAUUUCUUGGGGUGCUUUCUCUUAAAAUUUGGCGUGACGAUGAUGACAUACCUGUUGGGUUUGGGUUUCUCCCUGCAAGAGGUGUGUUCCAUAGCUGCUAACCUUACCCAAACCAACAUCAAUGUCAACGCCAGCUGCUGCAUAUUCACACCCAGCUCGUCUGAUGAUGCUCCAAGGUGGUUUUAUGAGUUUUCCAACGGCCUGCUGUUGGUGCAGAAGGUCAUGUCUUGCUUUCUUGCGUUGCACAUAGUGAUCAUCUCCUUGAGCUAUGUCCACCGCUCGCAGCCUUUGUGGAAGAAGAACCCCUUCAGUAACACAUGGUGGUGCCUCACUGUUCCUGUGGUGUUGUUGGGGCAGGUGCUCCAAGCCACUGUGGAUUUCCAAUUGUGGAAAGACCGAAGUUCAGACUUGAGUUUCUCGUUAAGCGACAUCCCGUUUGUGGUGUGGCUAGUGGGCUUCCUGUCUACUGCUCUGGUGGUCAUGGUCAACGAAGUUGUCAAACUACACGAGAUAAGGGUCAGAGUGCGUUACCAGAAGAGGCAAAAACUACAGUUUGAAACUAAAUUGGGCAUGAAUUCUCCUUUUUGACCGUAUGACAUUUACAUUUAUUUGGAUUUGUACACUGAAGUAUCUCUUUAAAAAUGAAGAACCUUUCUCAGAACCAAGAGGUCCGCACCAAAUAUCCAGCCUGGUCAGAUGUACUGUACAUUUCACCAAAUCCACUGAUAACAUCAUCCUAAUGUAAAUCUUAUUUAUUUUUUAUUUUUUUAUUGUUCUUUUUUUUUACAUUCCUUCCCUAAAAUACAAAACAAAACAUUGUCUUCUUCUGCCAUUUUUCAAAGGUUUUGAAUAUUGACAAUGAAUGGUCUAGAAUUUUGGAAGAAGCUCAUGGCUGUCAUGUAUGACAUAAUUACAGCAGCAACUAAUGUGUUUCACAUUUUUGGCUACGGCAGUGUGUGCUUUUUUUGGAGCAUAUUUGAGUAAGGCACGGCCUUCCGAAACAUUCAUUGACCGUGUCAAAGGGCCCCAUGUUAUAGCAUAACUGAAGUGGUUUUAAAGGUUUUUGUUGCUAGUCUACCUCCCAUUUCCUCAUUCUGUGGUGCAGAAUACAUGAUUAUUAACUUAUGCAGUUCCACCUUAAAAGCUAUUUAAUCAGAAUUUGUUUUGCAUAUACUGUAAAUGAAAAGCACAGUCUGAUAUAUGUAUAUAUCUUGAUUUACCCUCCUCCGCAGUUUCAGUGCCACCAUAAGCCAAAUACAUUUGUUCAUUGGUCCUGCAAGCAUCACCAUACACAAGCCUUUCUGUUAUUUUUAUUUUAUUUAUUUUCUAGUAGUCAUCCGGUCAUAUCCCAAUGAGAUGAAUGCUGACACAACAUGUCUUAUACAUACACAUAUCUUUGCAUGACAGUAAGUAAAGGGCUGUCCAGCUGCUUUGGAUGGCAAAGCCCUGUUUAACUGUUUAGCAGAGCUGAUAUUGGUGCUGCGGUCUCUAUGGGGGACUCAAUACAAAUGAUUGUCAAAUAGGGAAAAUACAAUUUUUAAAUGUGGUUGAUGUGGUAAAUGUGAAAACAAUGAAAUUAGGAACUCUAUUUUUAUGUCUUAUAUUUUUUAUUAAUGCUUCAAAUGUUAUGCAUGACGACUUUGGGGGAUGCUGUCUUUGCAGUUUCGCAGUGAUAUGAGGAAGUUUGGGCACGCUUUUGGAAAAUCAUUUCAUCGAUUUAUCUCUGGUAGAGCUUUUGAAGCAGUAACUUCCUUUCAACACAUGUUCAACCGCAGGGAAAUAGAAACAUUUCGAUUGUGAAAUAAUUUUAAGAAGUGUAACGGAAACAAUUGUGUGAGGAUUUGAACAAAAAAUAGGCACGUGCAUAUUUACAUAUACAUAUGUGCAUAUGGGCACCCCAAAGAAGGUAUACCAUUAAUUAAUGCUCACCUUUGCAGCACAAACAUGUUUUAAUGACUUUGUAAGGCCUUCAGUAACAAAGACAGAAAGGCUUGGUCAUAAAAAUGUUAAUUAUCAUACUGUAUAUAAUAGCAGACUAUGCUUGUCCUAAGUUCUGUCUUGGAGAGUGGCAUUAUACGAUUUCACAACUGAAAUGUUUCUCCUUCCUUAUGGUUUAUGUUGAAAUGAAGUUCAAGAUUCAAGAUUCUUUUAAUAGUCCCGAAGUAAAUUUGUCUUGGACAUACAUAGCUGCCACAUACACACAACAUACACAUGACGCCAAAAAACAAAAACAACAAUAAACACACACAUACAUAGAAACACUCAAGUGCAUAUCCACCACAGCCCACCACCCACAUACAUGGCAUUACAGGAUGGUAGUUGUUAAUGACCUGCGUUCAGUAGGUUAACAGAAACAGGGAUAAAAGAAAACCUAUACCUAUUCAAAAACCUUUUCUUGUUUUUAACUGGUACUCUGAAUCGCCUGCCAGAGGGUAGCAGCUCAUAUUCUGGGUACAGAACAUGUGAUGGAUCCUCAAUUAUUUUCCUAGCAUGCCUAACUACAGACUCUUCAUAUAUUGCUUGGAGGGUGGCCACCUUCAGUGCAGUGCGGGUCAGUCUGACUAUUUGAGACUUCACUUUCACUGUCAGGUUUCCAAACCAAAAGUUGCUGCUUCAAAACCUCAAUGAGAUAAGCCGAUGUAAAAAAAAAUACAAUAUGGUGCCCGAACUUUCUCAUAGCACUGUAUAAUGUAAUGAAUUGAAUAAUUUGAACAACUUGGGGUAGACAUGACUCUGGAGGACCAAUGGAGCAUGUGUGAAAGGGCACCUUUCCCCAUCACUGACAAUCUGACCUAACCUAAACCACAUUGGAUUGGGACAAGGGCAAACAUGUGCACUGGCCUCUUAAAUGCUUUCAUGACAUACUGUAAAGGGGUACGUGACUUUACGAAUGGUCACAAGUUUUAUGAAUGUUAAUUAUGAUCAGUGUAUAUUUUGUAUAUUUUUUACUUCUGUGGUAUUUUUCCCCAGAUUAUUUGUGUAUCAGUUAGCGUUUGUCAUGAAAAAUAAACUUUUGUUUUUCAUUUAA